AUGAGCGGCAACACAACGUACGGCAUCGAAACGGAUGCCAUGACUUUGCAAAGGUUUGUGUUGCACGAGCAACGGAAACACCCCAGUGCUACUGGAGAUCUCACCAACCUUCUCACUUCGCUGAUGACUGCUUUCAAGGCCAUCUCAAGUUCCGUACGAAAAGCUGGUUUGGCUCGUCUUUACGGUAUUGCUGGUAAUACCAACGUUCAAGGAGAAGAGGUAAAAAAGCUAGAUGUCCUCAGCAAUGAACUCAUGAUAAAUAUGAUCAGAUCUUCCUACACCUGCUGCGCGAUGGUAUCUGAAGAGAAUGAGAACCUGGUCGAAGUUGAAAUUCCCAAGCAAGGAAAAUAUAUUGUCACAUUCGAUCCACUCGAUGGCUCAUCUAAUAUUGACUGCUUGGUUUCCAUCGGAACUAUUUUUGGUAUAUGGAAGAAACAUAGCGAUGGACCACCCACGAAUGAGGACUUGUUGCAGUCGGGAAGGACCAUGGUCGCAGCCGGCUACUGUCUCUACGGCUCCGCCACGAUGGUUGUGCUUUGUACUGGGCGCCAUGUGAACGGAUUUAUGCUUGACCCAAGCAUCGGAGAGUUCAUUUUGACUCACCCGAAAAUGAAAAUUCCAGAAAAAGGGAAGAUUUACAGUGUGAAUGAGGGUUACGAGAGGUUCUUCCCGAAAGCACUGAAGGAAUACAUACACAGCAAGAAGUACCCACAACCGGGACAAAAAGGAAUGGUUCAACGUUACGUCGGGUCCAUGGUGGCAGACGUUCAUCGUACUAUCUUGAAUGGUGGCAUUUUCCUUUACCCACCUACCGGUGAUGCUCCGCAAGGGAAGCUUCGUUACCUAUACGAGUGCGCACCAAUGGCCUACCUCGUCGAACACGCUGGAGGCAUCGCAAGCACCGGCAAGGGACCUGUUCUCGAUAACGUCCCCAAGGAUAUUCACGAAAGAGGCGUCAUCUACUUGGGAAGCAAGUUGGAUAUGGAAGAGUUGCUUACAUAUUUUGAGAAAUAUAAAGAUGACUAG